CAGUCCUGAGUGAGCAUUGCAUCCACUCUGCCUCCAUCCGCCUCCUCCAGCAUCCUCUCUGAACCCCAGCCGUCCCUCUCCUCUCGGGCUCUCAGCACCAUGACCACGCCGACCAUCAUCCUCACUGUGUGGCUUCUGGCCGGGAGCCUCUUCACGGAGGCGACCUACUACCGCCACCACCGUUACGUCCCCCACUACCGCUACCGGGAGCACUCAGCCAACACAGAGAACCUCCUCCCAGACGCCUCCAACCCGGCGCCUGAAGCCACGCGGUCUGGCGUGCCCGAGGUGUUCCACCCAGCGCCGCCCGUCAUCCACCAGAUCCCGGAGGCUUUCCACCCGGUACCCGAAGUGGUGCAUCCUGCACCUGAUUCCCAUCUCCUCCAUCAGAUGCACCAUCACACCGCGGCCGAGGCGCCCUUCUCUCCCGGGCAAAGCCGCGUUUUCUAUGGGAUCAUGUUUGAUGCCGGCAGCACCGGAACCAGGAUCCACAUCUACAAGUUCAUUCAGAAAGACCCCGUUGAGCUUCCAGUUCUGGACAAUGAAAUGUUCCAUGCUAUCAAACCUGGACUGUCAGAAUACAAGGACAAGCCUGAAGAGGGAGGGAACACCAUCCGUCAGCUACUAAAAAUUGCCAAGAAGACUGUGCCAGAGGAGGAGUGGAAACGGACACCUGUGGUCCUGAAGGCCACGGCGGGUCUGCGUCUGCUGCCUGAAGAGAAGGCCAAUGCCCUGCUGAAGGAGGUACAAGAAGUGUUUGAAGAAUCACCUUUCUACGUGCCAAAUGAAAGUGUUUCAAUCAUGAAUGGAGCCAACGAAGGAGUCCUCGCCUGGGUCACUGUGAACUUCCUCACAGGACACUUGUACUCCAACACCAGGAGGACGGUGGGGAUCCUGGAUUUGGGCGGAGGUUCCACACAGAUCACCUUCCUUCCAAAGUCAAAGAAAACAAUUGAAAAUGCCCCGCCCACUUUCACAGCCAGAUUCAACCUGUUCAACAACACGUAUGAGCUCUACACACACAGCUACCUUGGGAAUGGGAUAGUGGCGGCCCGCUUGAUGACCCUUGGAGCUCUAGGAGCUGAUGGCCUGGAUUGGAAAGUCUUCACCAGUUCCUGCCUUCCGAAAAAAUUCAGAGAAGAAGUGACUUUUGCAGGAAGCACCUAUAAAGUUAGCGGGAUUCCAGGCGGUUAUGCAGGUUAUAAGCUGUGCUACUACGAGGUCCAGAGGGUCAUCAAAGGUAUAUUCCACCAGCCGUACGAAGUGAAAGGCAGCAGCAUCUUCUAUGCUUUCUCCCACUACUUCGAUCGAGCCGUGGAAACCGGACUGGUUGGCAAUCGAGGCGGUGCGGUUGAAGUCAGGGACUUUAAGAAGAAAGCCAAAGAAGUGUGCAACAAGAUGACCAAAUAUGGUGCCAUCAACCCCUUCCUCUGCAUGGAUAUGACGUAUAUCACCUGCCUGCUAAAGGAGGGCUUUGGCUUCAAGGAGAGCACAAUGCUGCAGCUGGCCAAGAAGGUGAACAACGUGGAGACGAGCUGGGCCCUCGGUGCGACCUUCGACUUCUUCAGAAACUUCAACAUCCACUAAGGACAGUGUGCACUAGUUGCAGCUGGCACUGAGAGAGACAGUCUGUCACUGUGGGUCCUCCUUCCAUCCUCACCCACCACCACACCCCAACCCCCUCCUGUCACCAAACCUCAGCACCCUGCAAACACUUCAUGAACUGUUUUUAAACAAAAAAGCAAAAUAGAAAUCACUAUAUUUUUAUAAGGCCAUCUUUUUCUACUGUAUGUUGAGCUCAGAAUUGGUGGGCUGAUUUUAUUUUUAUAAAACGUUUACAUUUUAUGGUUCCUUAUGGGUGGGGGAUCUGAAAUCUUCCCUGACCAACCUGUAAAGAGGGUAUUUUUGGAGGCGAUGCAAGGAGUCAUGGUGUUUUGGUGCUUACUUUGGUCCUGGUGUGCGCUGUUGCAGCAUAGUGGAACAAACUUAGACACUAGUUGCUGGAGUUGCAACCACAAUUGUCUUUCUAGAUGCUUGUAAAUCCAUUCUCUCUUUAUUCUGGCAGUAAACAGUUUUUACAGGACCCUAGUUCGUUUGCUUAGCAUUAAACAAGUAAGACAUCAUUGGAAAGGGAGCAGCUGACUACCAUGCAGCAUUUUUGCUGUUUUUUUUUUCCUCAACUUUGCACAAAACACUUUACCUGCAGAUAUUGUAGCUUAUGAACAGUUGCUUUGAUUUCUUUUACCGUUGUAAAUAUUCUUUAGUGUUGGGCUCGCCAUGAUUCAGAGGGGUUAAAGGAAGCCUCUCACAGAGAAGGUUGUUUUUAAUGGUGCAGUUGGUAUUAUUUUAUUUAGUUUUUAACAGUAACCCUAUCAAGCUUGAUUAAACGGCAGGGGUCUGAGCUGAACCACUCCGAUGGUGCACCCAACAACUUCAUCUACAGAAUAAGAACUAAAACACAAAUUAUGUAUAAACUCCUCUGGAAACUCGUCCUUUUCCACUUUGUUGUAAAAUCUUUCUUGUGAAUUGUACAAAUAUUUAAAAAAAAUGAAAGUUUACGCAAGAGUAUUUUUAUUAUUCUCAUGCAAUAUUCUUUUUUGCCUACAGUAUGCUGUCUUUUUCAUUAUUAAACGUAUUCAGUUACUACUGCUGUAUAUAUACACAAUGUAAACUUAGUGAAAUGGUUUGGCAGGAACAUCUUUUACAUCACACAGUUGCCGAGAUCGUCUUUGUCUAUUAGUGUCGAUACUUUGAUUUCCGAUACUAUGUAAAUGUUUUCCAUUAAAUCUUGUGACAUAAGGGAAUUAUAAACAUGUAUGUUUUAAUAAAACAUGGAAAAUGUGA